AUGGUGCAGUUUGAGUUUAUGAAGUCGUUACCUUACUACGACUCUGAAUCUAUUGACUUUGAACUGAGCGAUUGGGCGGCUGAAUUGUUGGAAAGAUUAGGAAUAUGUUCGCUUAGUCGAUCUGACUGGAGGCAGUUUAUCAAAAAGGACCUCGUUGAUAGAUUCGGUGGCUCCUAUGGAAAAACACUCGCGCAAAUUUACUUGAACAUUGGUCUUGAACCGCCGUCGUGCCUUCCAAAUAUUGAAACAUCUUCUGAAACAUCCGACACUUCUGAGUCCCCAACCUUUAAUCUACAUGAAAGCAAUACUUCAAGAAAGUCCCCCAAAACGCCAAUUAGGUGCAGUUUCGCAUCCACCUCGUUUUCGCAAUCAUCUAUUCGGGUUGAGACGGAGAAUAAUCCUCGAUCAAAAGCUGUCACACCGGCUCCCCAAUUGGUUUUAAUACCAAUGUCGGUAUCGGGCAAAAAGGAAUCUGCGUCUAAAACUCGGAGGAAACCGAGAACUCCAGUCAAGCGGGAUAUUUCUCUCAAUAAAAGAUCCUUCGCAACAGAUGCUUCCUCUCGAAGGUAA